AUGGAGGCCACUGGCUUACAACUGAUGGAGCUGCGACUGGCCAAUGAAAGGCUCGUCGCCCAGGAUGGCAGGCGAAUGUCUGUGAUUGCACUGGCAUUCACACUGAAGAGUGUCUCCCAGCUGGCAGAAAGGCUCUUUGAUGCUGACCUGUGCAAGUACAUCUGCACGAGAAACCUGAACCACGACCCCUUGGAAAUGUACUUUAGUUGCAGAAGGCAGAGAGGUGGCUGGAAUAACAACCCAUCAGCGGCGCAAUCCCGGCAUGCCUACAGGCAGACCAUAGUGCAUGCAGCUGUUCUCGGCUCAAAGAAUGCCAACGUCACUGCACAGACUGAGGGGAUAUGCCUUUCAAGAAGCCAGGGGCAACCCAGCAGCAAUUCGAGCAACAGCUAUGAAGAGCAGUCAGCUGCAACGGUGAAUGCUCUGCUCGAGCAUGACUAUUUUGCACUGAGCGAAUAUGCCAGUGAAGUAGUCCGCUGCAUCGGUGGCUUCGUGGUUAGGGCAACCAGCAAACACCUUCACUGUGCGGACUGUGCAGCAUUGCUCACCAAUGACACUGUGACUAGCUUGCUCACAUUCAUAAAGGACAAUGGUGGUCUUAUAGAACCAUCGCGCUUUGUGCAUGCAGCAAUGUGUGCAGCGGAGACAGUGCAACGCCAAGGCACCACGACAGGAGACAAUAUUCACAAGAUAACUCUUAGGGCCUUCCAACAAUUUGUGAAGCAACAUGAAGUCGUGCUUCACGAGUGCACACACUACUCUGAGGACCCACAGCAUGUGAUAAGCCUCACAAAAGUGCUCCAAAAAAAGUAUAUCACUCUCCGAAUGAAAGAAAUCGGUAGGCGCCGCACUGAGCAGGAGCGCGGUGCAUACCUCAGACAUGUUUUCACAAAGCGUGUGCUAUUUGCUCACCAGUGAUUGACCAAGCAAGUCAACCUGAGUGGAGAGAUCCUACAUUGCGCACACAAAUCAUAUAAUCUUUUGUGACAAGACAGCUCCUGCAAAGACCGCAAGAGUUGUUGCCUUUGUGUAGUUACAGUACCCCACUUCUGCGAUGCCACAGUUCCUGCAAGCACUGCAACAGCUGCCACUUUUGUGUAGUUACGGGGUCCUGAGUGUUGUGACGAGACAGCUCCUGCAAAGACAGCAAGAGUUGUUGCUUUUGUGUAGUUACAGUACCCCACUUCUGUGAUGCCACAGUUCCUGUAAGCACUGCAACAGCUGCCACUUUUGUGUAGUUACAGGGUCCAGAGUGUUGUGACGAGACAGCUCCUGCAAAGACAGCAAGAGUUGUUACUUUUGUGUAGUUACAAUACCCCACUUCUGUGAUGCCACAGUUCCUGCAAGCACUGCAACAGCUGCCACUUUUGUGUAGUUACAGGGUCCAGAGUGUUGUGACGAGACAGCUCCUGCAAAGACAGCAAGAGUUGUUACUUUUGUGUAGUUACAAUACCCCACUUCUGCUAUGCCACAGCUCCUGCAAACACUGCAACAGCUGCCACUUUUGUGUAGUUACAGGGUCCGUGAGUGUUGUGACGAGACAGCUCUUGCAAAGACUGCAAGAGUAGUCGUUUAUGUGUAGUGACGAUAGCUGACUUCUGUGAUGAGCCAACUGACGCAAAGACAGUAGAAGAGCCGACACUUUUGUGUAUUUGCAUGACGCUGAACUCGUGGCUCUGCCAAUUCUGAUGCAAAUGACCCAGUGGCUGCAUUAUGUGGCCAUUACAAAAAUUAUAGGGGGAGGGGCAAGAUUUGUUCAGCCCCACCACUCUCGCCUCCUCGUGGUUCCCCCUGGGAAACGCUGGGACUUUGGCAUUGCCUUAACCCCAGGAGGCUAAAGAGAGUGGAAAGCAAUAGUUAAAUAGACAAUAGAGCUAAAGCCUCUUUGUUGUUGGCAUGCCAUAUGGAGCAGUCAAGUACAAUUUUCACAUAUAUAAUAUUUUAUAAUGCAAGAACAAUGCUUUGAGAAAUACACACUGUUCUAAAAGAAGAAAAGCAAAGUAAGAGGUUUUAUACAUGAGGAGCUGCAUUAGGUAUUCUGGCAUAGCAAAUUUGUCUAACAAGUUACCACGCAAAGCUCUUGGAGUCCGAUUUACGGACACUGAGCUAAGCCAGCCUAGCUGUGAGAGCCUCACAGGAAAUUUAAUCAAAUUGCUGCGGCUACCAAAUGUAAUUAGAAAUGACUGAUUUUGGUAAUACCCACUUCCAUCCUCUUUACCUCACCAAUGCAAGGCUAAUAAUUUGUGUUAUUUUUAGGUACCUACCGAUGAUGCAAACCGUGCUAGGCCACUCGCGACGACAAGAACUAUUCAUACCACGACAGAACGCGACUGCUCAGCAACAGUAUAUCAUUAAACAACACGGUAAACGAGAGCAUCGAACGACAGAAUCGAAUCAUGCAGCAAUUCCCUUUUGUUUAUCACCAGUGAUGCAGCACGGAAUGCACAAAAUCAUGUGCAGGUCCUCUGAGUCACAAAGCUAGAACAGGCCCAACCAGAGUCACUGCGAUCCAUUUCAAGCUGGCCAUGCUUUUCGGUUAUACCUAGUUGCACCAGUCAGGUUCAAUCAGAACAGUGGAUUUUCUUUUCUCGUGUUGGAACAUUCGCCGCUGGACACUCCGCCCUUUUCAUUAACACAGCUAGUCGCCUGAAGAAUUCAUUUGUCUUUUUCAGGGUGUGCCUAUCACAAACGUUGACAGGGCCAGCGCCUCAAAACAAUACGCGCCUCGGCACACUACAUAAAAAGCGUACUGUGCAAACUUCCAAGGCUAUGCAGAGCACAAUAAUUUCGUGACGUCUUUGUCGCACGAUUGCUCACAACGCUUGUGUUUUGUGGGUCGCCGAGUGCUUCAUUUCUCGCAGCAAAUGUAUGGGUGCAGCGCUAUAAAGCCGGUACUCUGACAUUUUA